CGCAGCCCGGGCGGCAUCGGGCCGCCUCGCCCAUGCUGCGGGGGCGACCUUAAGCGCACCCCGGCUUCCCUCGCCUGGGACCCCGGCACCCUUCCUCCUCCUCCUCCUCUCCCCCCGAUCGCUGUGCCCGGUUCUGCCCGCGCCAGCCCGGCUCGCCUUCCCCGUCUGGACAUGGACGCGGCCGCUGCGCCCGCGGCGAGGGACGGCCCGGACUGGAGGCCGGGGGCUCCGGGCUCUCCCCCGGAGGCGGGGGCGGCGGCGGCCGCGGCCCCCGAGCCCAGGAAGCCGCACGGCGUGAAGCGACAUCACCAUAAACACAACUUGAAGCACCGCUAUGAGCUGCAGGAGACCCUGGGCAAAGGCACCUACGGCAAAGUCAAGCGGGCCACCGAGAGGUUUUCGGGCCGAGUGGUGGCUAUAAAAUCCAUUCGUAAGGACAAAAUUAAGGAUGACCAAGACAUGGUUCACAUCAGACGAGAGAUUGAGAUCAUGUCAUCCCUCAACCAUCCUCAUAUCAUCAGUAUUUAUGAAGUGUUUGAGAACAAAGACAAGAUUGUGAUCAUCAUGGAGUACGCCAGCAAAGGGGAGCUGUACGAUUAUAUCAGCGAGCGGCGACGCCUGAGCGACAGGGAGACCAGGCACUUCUUCCGGCAGAUCGUCUCCGCGGUGCACUACUGUCACAAGAACGGGGUGGUCCACCGGGACUUGAAGCUGGAAAACAUACUGCUGGAUGACAACUGCAACAUUAAGAUUGCAGACUUUGGGCUUUCCAACCUGUACCAGAAGGACAAGUUCUUGCAGACGUUCUGUGGGAGCCCACUCUACGCAUCCCCUGAAAUUGUCAAUGGGAGGCCUUACCGAGGACCAGAGGUGGACAGCUGGGCACUGGGCGUUUUGCUCUACACACUCGUGUAUGGAACCAUGCCCUUCGAUGGUUUUGAUCACAAGAACCUCAUCCGGCAGAUCAGCAGCGGCGAGUACCGGGAGCCCACGCAGCCCUCAGAUGCUCGAGGACUCAUCCGGUGGAUGCUGAUGGUGAACCCCGAUCGCCGGGCCACCAUCGAGGACAUCGCCAACCACUGGUGGGUGAACUGGGGCUACAAGAGCAGCGUGUGCGACUGUGACGCCCUGCACGACUCGGAGUCCCCGCUGCUGGCGCGCAUCAUCGACUGGCACCACCGCUCCUCCGGGCUGCAGGCCGAGGCCGAAGCCAAAAUGAAGAGCCUGGCCAAGCCCGGGGCCUCGGAAGUCACGCUGGAGCGGCAGCGGUCGCUGAAGAAGUCCAAGAAAGAGAACGACUUCGCCCCGUCGGGCCAGGACGUGGUGCCCGAAAGCCCAUCCAAGCUGAGUUCUAAGAGGCCCAAGGGGAUCCUGAAGAAGCGAAGCAACAGCGAGCACCGCUCGCACAGCACGGGCUUCAUCGAGGGCGUCGUGGCGCCCGCCUUGCCCACGACGUUCAAGAUGGAGCAGGACGUGUGCCGGACCGCAGUGCCUCUCCCGGCCUCCCCGGAGGCUGAUAUGCCGGGCGCACUCAGCCCCAAGCAGUCGGCCACGAUGCCCAAGAAAGGCAUCUUGAAAAAGACACAGCAGAGGGAAUCGGGUUACUACUCAUCGCCAGAGCGCAGCGAGUCCUCCGAGCUGCUGGACAGGAGCGAUGUGCUGGGUGGUGGUCUCACGUCCUCCCCCAGCCCCCCGGACCCAGCCCGGGGCCCCUCGCUCAGCCUCUCCUGCCGGCGGAAGGGCAUCUUGAAACACAGCAGCAAGUACUCACCGGGCACCGUGGACCUGGCCCUCGGGAGCCCCGAGACGCCCACACUGGAAUCCUUGGCCGAGCCCGGGGUGCCUGCCGAGGGCCUGUCCCGGAGCUACAGCCGCCCUUCCAGCGUCAUCAGUGACGACAGUGUCCUGUCCAGCGACUCCUUGGACUUGCCAGAGCUGCAGGAGAACCGGCCGGCCCGCCAGCGCAUCCGCAGCUGCGUCUCCGCCGAGAACUUCCUCCAGAUCCCCGACUUCGAGGGGCUCCACAACCGGCCACGCCCCCAGUACCUGAAGCGCUACCGGAACCGGCUGGCGGACAGCAGCUUCUCCCUCCUCACAGACAUGGACGACGUGACUCAGGUGUACAAAAAGGCGCUGGAGAUCUGUGGCAAGCUCAACUAGGCCUCCAGGACACAGGGGCCGGGCUGCGGGGGUGCGGGGAGGUGGGGGGAGCGCGGCUGCCUCUCUGCAAGACCGAGAAAGCACCGGGGCCAUCUCGCUCGGCCUCGUGUGCAGCCUUGAGCCAGCACCUAAAAGGUGGAAGCCGCCGUCUGCCAACUCUGCCAAUUUCCGGUUGGGAUUUGGGUCCCGGUUGGCAUUUGCUGUGUGGCACCUCCUGGAGGACGGGCUGUCUAGGGAAGGCGCUGGCAUUGGCCAGCAUGUAAUGGGGGGGGGGGGAGGCGCAUAUGGAGGAGGGGGAGGUCCUUUCCCUAGAAGUCAUCCGCACACUUCCGGAGUAGGGACCAGAAAGAUGGGGGCCACCUGCUUGGGGUGUGGCCACAGAGCUUGCUCCUUUUCUCCUUACACUAGCAAGCUUGGUCUGGGUGCCUGGGGUUGGCAAGUAUCUUGAAUCGAUCCAUUGGUCGUGUCUGUCGGGUGUGCUGGUUUGCGUAGUCCAGGCCUGUUGGGGAAGUGCUGUCAUUGACUAGUAAUGGCUGCCGUGGGAAUGGGAAGGGGGGCAGUAGCACAUGGGUCAUGUAGGCACGUCAUCCUCAACUUGGCCAAGUCCUGGGCACUAGCUCCAGGCAUGCUGUGGGGUCUGUAUUAAGUUUUUCACAUCACUGGUGUGGCCUUUGUUAGUUUGCUGUUGUACCUUGAAUAGAAGACGGGGCCCUGGUCAGAGAGAGAAUGCUCUGAAGUCUGCUAAUGGCAGCCCAUGGUGAUUUUUCAGCUUCUUGCUGUCCACCAUCUUCUCCUCCUGCCUUGCUCUGUAGUAGACACUCCGGAACGUGGACAGAGAAAAAGAUGGUGGUGUCAGAGGCCAACCCUCUCAUGAUAGAGAUGCGUGGGAGUUGCUACACACCAGCAAGGGGCCACUUGUCACCCUGCUUUCUUGUUAACUGGAAUGCUGCCUUUUGGGCUCCCACCUGUGACUUGGAUGUGACACUGUCCCUAGACUCCAGCGGACUUCCUGGCUCAGCCACUGGCCUUGGUCACCAGUAGUCACGGGUUUCCCUGUCCGCUUGAGUGUAGACCCUUUCAGAGAUAGAUGAGUUUGCUUUUAGCGAGUUAGCGUGUAGGUGGGAUGUUCGGAUGAGGAAAGAUGGGCAGAAGGUGCUUUUCCCUCCAAAUCCCAGUGUUGUAUGUCAUGACUUUGAACUUUGACAUGAACUCCUGGGCUUUGGGGAAAAAGAAGGUUCCAUUCAUUUGAAUGAAUAUGGUGUGAAAAGAAUGGUUGGGAGGAAGCAUGUAAGAGAGGGGAAGUGUUCCCAUAGAUAUCAUCCAAAUGGUUUUAGAAGAAGCAGAAAAUAAGUAGGACAGAACUCUUACCUUAAAAAAUAAUUUCUCAAAACUAGGUAUAUAAUUCCUGAACAUCCAGAUUCCAGGUGGAAAGAUGCCUCUCCUACCAUGGGACAUCUCAGGAAGACUGGUUUGGAGCUGAUGGUCUUUGGGGAACAGCCUCAGAGUCUGUUGGCCAAGGCAAAUUGAAAUCCUUGAUUCAAGAUGGCCAACCACUGGUAGCCACUUGGGACCUGUCUGGGGCUAUCUUUGGGAAACACAACCAAGAGUAGUGCACAGGAAGAUGGGGGAAAGUCAUUUACAGCACUCAGAGCGUCUGUUAGGGUGGGAUUGCUCUUGCCUUGAGGAGAGCCCUCCGUUUCUCCUCUUGCCCCAGCUCUGGUGGUGUGGUGUGCACUUCGCCAGCUUGAAGGGUGUAUUGCGGGGAGUGCUCGCCUUCCUUCCACUCGAUUCCACUGCCUUCCUGAAUCCCAGUGGAGGUGAGAAAAGAAAAAAAAGUCUGUAGCCAACAAAUCAUGUUUGGGGGGUGUGAGUGUCCGGAGGGCAGCCUGCGACCUCCAAGCGCCCUACCCCUCGCCUCCCCUGCCACACUGCCCGCCCCUUGUGCACAGCAGCUGGCCCGGCUGGUAGCUCUCCAUGAGACUCCGGUCUCGCACCUGCCUGUUGGUUGCUGUGUUUCUUCCUUUUGCCAAGUGAUUGAGUCUGCUUGAUAUUUUCCAUCCCUCUAAGUAAAAAGGACACAUAGAAGGGGAAAUCCUGCUUCCUUCUUCCUCCCCAAAACUCCAGUGUGUUCUCUUUCAUCAGUUAACUCAGGCAGUGGUGGGGCCAAGAACCUCCGCCACUCAGAAGCAGACUCUGAGCUGUGUCCUGCCUGGUCAGGUGGCAGCUGGCAGGUGGCAGGUGGCGUACGAGGGUUUAAGGUUUUCCCCCAGCCCCGCCCCCUUCUGCCGUUAGUCUGCUGACAUCCUCUGAGUCUGGGUGUGCUGUUGACUGGCCUUUCCAGGAACACUUGGCAAAGAGGAAAGAUCCCCGGAGAACAGCUCCCCUGCUUCCUACGUCCCUACCAGCCAAUCCCCAGCCAAAGAAGUUACGCUCGGUUCACUUCCGUGGGAUCACCAGGGAGAGGCCGUCUUGGAGGGCUGUCGUCGGCACUCCCCGUCUUUUCUUUGCCUCCGUGGGCUUCUCAGCGUCUCAGUUUACACAUCUACCAAAGGGGUAGACUUAAACUUCUUUUUACAGGUAAAUUUCAAGGCACGAUCGAUCAGUUUUCAGGAAGUGCUCCAAGACCCCAGGCGAAAUGCAAAUGCUACAUACAGUCUGAACGCCCAGCCCUGUUGGCGGUGCUGCUGGGUGGUGGACAGGGGAGCACUUGGCAGGGUUCAGUUCAGGCAAGUUUUGCCCAAGCCUGCUGUCUUGAGUACAAAUGUGAAUGAUCAGCUGACUGCUUGUUGCCAAACUGGAAAUGUUCUGUAGGGAUUUACUGGCAUGGUAUCAUUCCUAGAAGAAAAAAAAAAAAAAAAAAAAACAGAGAGAAACUUGACUGCACAUUUUUUUUUUUUUUAAAUCCAUGUUGUGACUUUUAUUUAAUUUCUAUUUUUUUGGUAAUAAAAAGUUGACUUUUUUAUUUGAAUUUGUCUUUUUUUAUUUAUUGGUCUGAAAGGCAUUUCAAAGGUAUUAUAAUAAUAUAUUGGUGUAAUUUAAUUGGUGCAACAUGCUUUAUGGUUCCAGUCAAAAUUGGUUUUCACUCAUUUGAUUGGUUUGAGCCCAGAACAGCCUACAGGGAAAAAAAAACAAAGACAAAAAACUGGAUAACCACCCAAAGUGUUUGUAUUUUCAUUGGUAACUGAUUUUUUGCUUCGUUUCAUUCUUUUUUUGUUUGUUUCUGUUUUUACUUUUAAAUUAAAUAAAAUUCCAAUGAA